AUGUCUUCUGGAGGGAAAGAUGAUUCUAAAGUGAGAAAGAUUUCGUUUAUUUCUGAAGGAGUAACGGAUUUAGAGAGCCAAAAGGCUAGAGAGCAAGCAAGCCAAAACAAGUAUGAAGAUGAACAGAAAAGAAAGGAAAGAAAGUCUCUUCGAGCUCAGUUGAGGUCCAAUGCCAUAUCUAAACAGAAGCAGUACAAUGCAUUAGUAAAGGAAAGAGAUAGUUUUAAUAGAUUAAGUUCAUCAGAGUUGAAGUUUUUUCAGGACAUUCAGAAGAAUGAAGAAGCAAAAGAGAAAGAAAUCGAAGAACAAUUGGAGAAAGGAAUCUCUAAAUUUGAAUUCAAGAAGGCUAUCAUGUUGCAGAAUAGAUCGGAAGAGUCUGAAAUUGUUAAAUCUUUGAAGAGUAGCAGUAUAAUUGGAGUGAAAAAAUCCAACCAGAAGCUUGGAAUUGUUAAGAAUAGCAAAAAAGCUCGUAAAUCUAUCAAGAUUAAAGUCCCUGCAAGACCUGAUACUGAAUAUGAGAAGUGA